GCCUUCAUUUGCAUGUCUUAUGUUUUUUUGUCUGUUUAGCUAAAACAAUUUUAUGCUUUUAAAAUAUUUUAUUUAUAAAGCAAAAUAUCUAGCGAGAGAUGUUUUUUAAAAUGUUUACAUACAGUAAAUGUUAACCAGGUAUUUUCACACUAACAUGUACAGACUAAAAUAUUUGGGGGAAACAUUUUUGAGUUUCUGUGUCGUCUGGAAAGCCACUGGCUGUCCUUUUAAUGUACAGAGUAAAUCUGUCACAGGAACCUAGAUUUAAGCCUCGAGUAAAAGUCCUAACUGGAUACUGUCAGUCAACAUAACUGGACAACAUUUUCUAUAGCUUUUUGAUUCUACACCAUUGCCAUAUAAAGAUCUUUAAAUGUCUUAACAAGAUACGUUUUGACUUGCAAAUUCCCCAGAGAAGUGGGGAUACAGAUUAUAUAGCUAUAUAUUUAGAAAUAUGUUUUAAAAAAGCUAAACAACACAACUUCACCUUGAGAACUGCAUUCAUCAGUGGUGAGCGGUAAGAUUAUGAAGGAGGAUUUUAGAAGACGAAAGGGAACCCCCUUUACGUGUUUAUCCAUCUAAUUACUGAAGAAUCUGGCUCGCGAAAAAACAAAAAGGGACUGUUUUCAGAACGGUGACAACGAGCCUGUAAAGGUCUCGCUAAAAUGCGCUGCAAAAUCCUUCCCCACGAGAGGCAGCUACUUUACAAACGGUCUGAAAAUAGAUCCAAAAUGAGGGAGGCUGCCUCCAAAGGAGGGACACUUUGCAGCCUGGAUUGUUACAGUCGGGAAGAAGUGACGCAGUUGAUGUUCACAGCAGUUCUGUGCUUUCAUGCAGCUACUGAGCCCAUGCAACUAACUCCCAGCUGAGUUUUAUUUUAAAAUCUGCUAAUGCACCAAGCGUAUCAUGCCUUUGCAGCCUCGUGCCACGGGAAAAACCGGGUGGCUGUCUGGCAUUUCAGCACGCAGCUCCAGAAAUAUGCACCUUCUGUAUUUGAGAAGUAUACCACCAGUAUUACCGUUGGCAAUAAAGAAGUAAUUCUGAAUUUGUAUGAUACUGCAGGGGCUCCUCUCACUGGUCUGAACCAAAUGCUAACGAAGGAUUGUGAAAACUUCAAAGGGAGAAAAAUAACCAGAGGAAGGCAGGAGGAUUAUGAUCGGCUACGACCACUUUCAUACCAGAAUACAAACAUGGUCUUAAUUUGUUAUGAUGUUAUGAACCCUACUAGCUAUGAUAAUGUUUUAAUUAAGUGGUAUCCUGAAGUAAGUCACUUCUGCCGUGGAGUCCCUCUAAUACUUAUCGGCUGCAAAACAGACCUUCGAAAGGAUAAAGAACAUUUACGUAAGCUCAUGUCUUCUGAGCAGGAACCAAUCACAUAUACCCAGGGUGAAGCAACUUGUCAGCAGAUGAAAGCACAAGCUUAUCUGGAGUGCUCAGCCAAGUGUCGAGAAAACAUAGAGGAUGUUUUUAAAGAAGCAACAAACAUUGCACUGAAUGCCAUGAAAAAAGCUAAGCGCCGAAAAAAGAGGAAACGGUGUUCAAUAUUAUGAUGAUCCAGACUACUGGGACUAUAGAAGAGUUUGUUAAAAUCUUGAUACACAUAUUACCAAUAGUUUAUUUUUAUAAUUUGUCUUUUUUUCAGUACAUUUAUUCCUACUUUGAUUUUAUUUUUAAAAUUUGAUUUUGUAAUAGUGUGCUUUUGUUGCACCUCAUAUGAAGAUUUCAAAGCUCUUUAUCGAUAUUAGGUUGAGAUAGAUGGCUAUGUAUAUCUGGAUUUUGUUCCUGACUGUAAAUGACUGUCAGCCAGGUUCCAAAUCCACUAUCUUUUAUUUAUACACUGACAGUUUGACUGGCAGUCUUUAUUGCUCAUAGUUUUAUUCUAGCACAUAGGUGCUGGUACUUCUGGCUCUGAUUUUUUGGUCUUGUUCACUGUUGAAUUGACAUGGAAAGGACAGAAAUGGCUGCUUCUCUCGAAGAAAGAGUGAAGUUAAAUCAGAGCAGAUGGUCAGAUUCAGAAAGGAUAAAAAUCAAAGUUCUAUAUUGAUGAGUUCUAAUUAUAAUUACAAAGCAACAGCUCUGUUAAUCAUUCUUCUCAGAGUAGCCUCAAGCAACUGCCCCAAACUAUGUACAUGUACUAUUCUGCUGCACCUUUAUUAGAAUGUCUACUUCGUAAAGCAGCUGUUUGGAAAUCUGUUGUGUGGUCUCUCCAGAUUGGACUGAUGAUAAUAGAAAGUGUUUUACAUCCUUCGUUAUAGUCUACUCAGAAAACCGCUAAAUGCUUUACCUCUGGCAGGUAACAGCAGCCACAAUUUUGAUAACCGGGGAGAGGAUCUAAUGUGCAAUACAAGCAAAACUUAUUUUAAAAUAAACAAAAGUGCAAUUUAUUCAA